ACUUCCAAGCUGUGUUUGUCAGUCGACCGAAAAGUUUCCUGCGCUACACAUUGGAUUUCUUGGAGAGGAAAACAUAGUUUCCCGAGUGAUUUUUGUAAUCAGUACAUUUGGCAAUUUUUGUCUGACGUGGUAAAAAGGCAGUUUUGGAAGAUUUCCUUUCAUUCUGCUGUGUUGUUGGUCAAUUGCUGAGAGGAAAAAGAGUGUCGACGAAGAGUCAGAAGGGAGUGUCUCGCGCCUAAUUUUAGUAUUCACAAUCAACCGUUAAAUUUAUUCUUCUGAUCUCCCGAGGGAACAACAUUUUCCCAGCAAAAUCAUGAAGAAUCCACUGUGGUUUGUUGUCUGGCUCCUCAUCUUGGUCUUCAUUGCCUUCUUCGUGGCCGGUUUCUGUGCUGGAUGGUACAUUUUCGUCUAUCCGCUCACUGUUUGUAUUCCAGCGCUGAGUCCCAUCUCGGAUUUGCUGCUUCAAGGCGCCCAAUUCACCCAUUAUUGCGCCAAAGCGAUGAUGGAGUGUCGCUCCCUGUUCGGCUAAAGCAUUUUCAUCCCAUCUUUUCUACUU